GCAGAGCGGGCUCAUGAAGCGCCACAGCGCUGCUGGGCAGCGGCAGGGAGGGAGGGAGAUGCCUGCAGCGGGGCCUGCCGCCCGGCAAGGCGGCGCUGCGAGAGGCCUCUCAGGGACCCAGCCGCCACGACUGGCACCUCCCCGCUGCCCCAACGGCCGCCGCGCGCGGGGUCUCGCGAGAGCCCCGCCCUCUUCCCCGCGCCCGCCCGUUGGCCGGUGACGCGGCGGGGCGGGGCGGGGCGCGCGCCGCUUUGAACCGAGCGCGGGGCGGUGGCGCUGGGCUGAGAGAUGGGGACGGUAGAGCCGGUGGCUGAGGGGCAGCUGGAGGAAGGUGCCGGGGGCGCCGCUGCCGCGCCUGCUGGCUCUCGGCGCAUCGAGGUUCCCCGGCCCCCCUCCAUCGAGGAGUUCACCAUCGUGAAGCCCAUCAGCCGAGGCGCCUUCGGGAAGGUGUACCUGGGCCGCAAGGCGGGCCGGCUCUACGCCGUAAAGGUGAUGAAAAAAGCAGACAUGAUCAAUAAAAACAUGGUUCACCAGGUCCAGGCAGAGAGGGAUGCAUUGGCUCUCAGUAAAAGUCCUUUCAUUGUGCAUUUAUACUACUCACUUCAGUCGGCUAACAACGUCUAUUUAGUGAGUAAAUAAAUGUCUGUGGUGUUUUAUGGUAGUGUUGAAAACGGAGUGCAGAACUAUAUUUGUGUCUGAAAACAUAUUUUUAUGGCAGUGUGUUUCUUAGUCACUUUUACUUUCUUCUUCCUCAGAAUGGUUGAACAAGCGAAAUGGUUGAACUCUUCCCCUGGUACCUUUGAAAUCUUUUGUGUUCUCUUUUAUUACAGGAGAAUCUUUUUUAAGAUCUAGUCUGUUUUAGGAAUAUGUAGAAAUCUUGGGGAAAACAAAACAAGAAACCAUUCUGUUCAAGUAUAAUCCAAGUGACUGAAAGAUACCUUGUGGCUCACUUCAGAGGAAAUCUAUUUUACUUGUUACCUGUGCUCAAAAUUCAUUAUGGUAGUUGGCCUAGAUGACGAGCAAAACUAAAUGAUAGUCCAUGUGGAGUACAGUAAGACUUGAAUACGGUUUUAUAUACUGCCUUCACAUAAAAGUAAUAUGGAUUAAGACUGUCUACAAAGGGUCUAGUGUAAUUUGUCUGGUUUGCUGUAAGCACACACAGUGAACAGCUUGAUUAAAUUCUGAGGUGAGGUUGCUAUGCACUCCUACAACACAUUUUGUGUGUACAUGAAGGCUGCUUUUCCUGGAAUCUAACUGCUGUUUGAAGUAGAGGUGUUCAGGGUGAAGGAUUUGUAAAGGAGAUGCUAGUCAUAUAUAUGGAUAGUAUUGUAUAUUGGAAUCUAAUUACUAGGGAGAUUUCUUGACCAAAACCCCUUAAAUUCAUUCUUGUCACUGAAGAGUGAGUUUCUGAAACUCCACUGACUUUCCAUUCUUUCUUGUAUAUGAC